CCAGGUUACAUUGGUGUGGUGAAGGACGCCACAGAGUCCACAGCCAGAGUGGAGCUGCACUCCACCUGCCAGACCAUCUCUGUGGACCGACAGCGCCUAACCACCAUGGGAGCCAAGAGACACAGCGGGAUGACGUCCACCCACGGGCGCACUCCAAUGUACGGCUCCCAGACUCCCAUGUACGGCACCGGCUCCAGAACGCCCAUGUACGGCUCUCAGACGCCGAUACACGAGGGAAGUCGUACGCCUCACUACGGCUCUCAGACCCCGCUGCAUGAUGGGAGCAGGACGCCAGGGCAGAGCGGAGCCUGGGACCCCAGCAACCCCAACACACCCUCCAGGAACGAAGAAGAGUACGACUUUGGCUACGACGACGAGCCGUCUCCGUCCCCUCAGGGCUACGGAGGGACCCCCAACCCCCAGACGCCAGGUUACCCAGAAGUCCCCUCUCCACAGGUCAACCCUCAGUACAACCCUCAGACACCUGGCACGCCUGCUAU